AUGUCGCCAGACAUCCAACCAUCGCCGGAGCAACCAAACUUAGGUAUAAUGAUGAAGGACAUAUGCCAAUGGCGGAGAAAGAAGCUAAGUGCCGCCGUUUUGGUUGGUGCCACCGCCUUCUGGGUGGCGCUUGAGGUUUAUCAAUUCAACUUCAUCACCAUCGUUUCAUGGAUUGGCUUAAUCGUCACCGCCGUGUCUUUCCUCUCCGGCGCCAUUUUCAGGCUUUUUCACAAGGAAGCACCAAAGUUGGAGAAGCUAGAGAUGAGAGAAGAAAUGGUUGAAGAGAUUGCGAAGACAAUUGGAGAAUGUUUUGAUGGAGGAAUGAAGUGGAUGUUUCGGGUGAGUAUGGAGACAGAAUGGUAUGCUUUUCUUGCAACAUUGGUUUGUCUAUGGAUACUUUCUGUCAUCGGCAGCUGCUUUGAGUUGCCUUCACUUCUCUAUUUCGGUACACUAGUGGGAAUGGCGGUACCGAAAAUAUAUGAGAAGAAUGAAAAGAGGAUGAAAGAGUUGGAGAAGAAGAUGAGGAUGAAGAUGAAUGAUUUGGAGAAGAAGAUGAUUGAGUUUCAGAGGAGGGGGAAGGAGCUAUUGAAGAAGUAUUACAAUGUUGGAUAUGAUAAGGUGGUUGGAAAAAAUAAGACCAAUAAUCCUGCAAUUGCAAAGGAGGAGGAGAAGGAGAAGAUCAAGAAAUUCAAGAAAGUGAACAAGGAUGAAUGAAUAUGAAUAGAUCUGUGUCCUGUUUUGGAGUUUUAAUGUUCUUUUACAUUUUC